CCUGCUGAGCUCUGUUCUCUCCAGCACCUCCCAACCCACUAGUGCCUGGUUCUCUUGCUCCACCAGGAACAAGCCACCAUGUCUCGCCAGUCAAGUGUGUCCUUCCGGAGCGGGGGCAGUCGUAGCUUCAGCACCGCCUCUGCCAUCACCCCGUCUGUCUCCCGCACCAGCUUCACCUCCGUGUCCCGGUCCGGGGGUGGCGGUGGUGGUGGCUUCGGCAGGGUCAGCCUUGCGGGUGCUUGUGGAGUGGGUGGCUAUGGCAGCCGGAGCCUCUACAACCUGGGGGGCUCCAAGAGGAUAUCCAUCAGCACUAGUGGUGGCAGCUUCAGGAACCGGUUUGGUGCUGGUGCUGGAGGCGGCUAUGGCUUUGGAGGUGGUGCCGGUAGUGGAUUUGGUUUCGGCGGUGGAGCUGGUGGUGGCUUUGGGCUCGGUGGCGGAGCUGGCUUUGGAGGUGGCUUCGGUGGCCCUGGCUUUCCUGUCUGCCCUCCUGGAGGUAUCCAAGAGGUCACUGUCAACCAGAGUCUCCUGACUCCCCUCAACCUGCAAAUCGACCCCAGCAUCCAGAGGGUGAGGACCGAGGAGCGCGAGCAGAUCAAGACCCUCAACAAUAAGUUUGCCUCCUUCAUCGACAAGGUGCGGUUCCUGGAGCAGCAGAACAAGGUUCUGGACACCAAGUGGACCCUGCUGCAGGAGCAGGGCACCAAGACUGUGAGGCAGAACCUGGAGCCGUUGUUCGAGCAGUACAUCAACAACCUCAGGAGGCAGCUGGACAGCAUCGUGGGGGAACGGGGCCGCCUGGACUCAGAGCUGAGAAACAUGCAGGACCUGGUGGAAGACUUCAAGAACAAGUAUGAGGAUGAAAUCAACAAGCGUACCACUGCUGAGAAUGAGUUUGUGAUGCUGAAGAAGGAUGUAGAUGCUGCCUACAUGAACAAGGUGGAGCUGGAGGCCAAGGUUGAUGCACUGAUGGAUGAGAUUAACUUCAUGAAGAUGUUCUUUGAUGCGGAGCUGUCCCAGAUGCAGACGCAUGUCUCUGACACCUCAGUGGUCCUCUCCAUGGACAACAACCGCAACCUGGACCUGGAUAGCAUCAUCGCUGAGGUCAAGGCCCAGUAUGAGGAGAUUGCCAACCGCAGCCGGACAGAAGCCGAGUCCUGGUAUCAGACCAAGUAUGAGGAGCUGCAGCAGACAGCUGGCCGGCAUGGCGAUGACCUCCGCAACACCAAGCAUGAGAUCUCUGAGAUGAACCGGAUGAUCCAGAGGCUGAGAGCCGAGAUUGACAAUGUCAAGAAACAGUGCGCCAAUCUGCAGAACGCCAUUGCGGAUGCCGAGCAGCGUGGGGAGCUGGCCCUCAAGGAUGCCAGGAACAAGCUGGCCGAGCUGGAGGAGGCCCUGCAGAAGGCCAAGCAGGACAUGGCCCGGCUGCUGCGUGAGUACCAGGAGCUCAUGAACACCAAGCUGGCCUGGACGUGGAGAUCGCCACUUACCGCAAGCUGCUGGAGGGCGAGGAAUGCAGACUCAGUGGAGAAGGAGUUGGACCAGUCAACAUCUCUGUUGUCACAAGCAGUGUUUCCUCUGGAUAUGGCAGUGGCAGUGGCUAUGGCGGUGGCCUCGGUGGAGGUCUUGGCGGCGGCCUCGGUGGAGGUCUUGCCGGAGGUAGCAGUGGAAGCUACUACUCCAGCAGCAGUGGGGGUGUCGGCCUAGG